GGGCCGGCGGGGAGGCGGAGUCGCCUCGGCCGCAGCUGCUGCCCUGCUGGGGAUUUGAAAGAUUAUAAAGUCCAGGCCCAGAGGGCGGCGGCGUCGGAUGCGCGUGUGGCGGAAGCGCCGGCGGCAUGAACUACCCCGGCCGCGGCGCCCCACGGAGCCCCGAGCGUAACGGCCGCGGCGGCGGUGCCUGGGAGCUAGGCUCGGACGCGGCGGGCGUGUUCGGUGGCGGCGGCUGCUGCUUCGAGCACCAGCCGGGUGACGGCGUGCCGCUGUCACUGCUGCGCGCGGAGCCGCUGCACCUGGCACCGGGCGCGGACGACUUGAGCCACCUGGCUCUGGACCCGUGCCUCAGCGACGAGAACUACGACUUCAGCUCGGCCGAGUCGGGUUCGUCGCUGCGCUACUACAGCGAGGGCGAGAGCGCGAGCGCGGGCGGCGGUAGCUCUUCUUCGCCUCCGCCGCCGCUGGUCGCUCCGAACUCGGGGGGCGGCGGGGCAGCGGGAGGGGGACCCGGUGACAGGAAGCGCUCCCGGCCGGGCGGCUGCGCCGCUCGGCACCGCUACGAGGUAGUGACGGAGCUGGGCCCCGAGGAGGUGCGCUGGUUCUACAAGGAAGACAAGAAGACCUGGAAGCCCUUCAUCGGCUACGACUCUCUGCGCAUCGAGCUCGCCUUCCGGAGCCUCCUGCAGACGACGGGCUCCCGUGCCCGGUCGGCGGACCGCGAUGGAGACCGGGUGUGCGGCCCAACCUCUAGCUUCAGGGAGGAGGACGAGGACCGCGCCUGCGGCUUCUGCCCGCGCGCGGUGGGGCCUGAGCCGGAGAUGGAGGAGCUGGUGACCAUCGAGCCCGUGUGCGUGCGCGGCGGCCUCUACGAGGUGGAUGUCACUCAAGGAGAGUGCUACCCGGUGUACUGGAACCAGGCCGAUAAAAUACCAGUGAUGCGUGGACAGUGGUUUAUCGAUGGCACUUGGCAACCUCUGGAGGAAGAAGAGAGUAACUUAAUUGAGCAAGAACAUCUCAGUUGUUUUAGGGGUCAGCAGAUGCAAGAGAAUUUUGAUAUUGAAAUGUCCAAAUCCAUCGAUGGAAAAGACGGCAGUGGGAUCAACUACUCUGUUGUCUACCACACCCCUCCCUUCUCCCUCCCUUCUCUGUUCAAAUGGAGAGGAUAUAAGGAGAGCACAGAUGCCACAGGUCUUAAGCGAAAGCGGUCCCAAGCUGUUCAUAGUUUCAAACUGAGUCGGAACCACGUGGACUGGCACAGCAUGGACGAGGUCUAUCUCUACAGUGACGCAACAACUUCCAAAAUUGCAAGAACUGUUACCCAGAAACUGGGGUUUUCUAAAGCCUCCAGCAGUGGGACCAGACUUCACAGAGGCUACGUAGAAGAAGCCACACUAGAAGACAAGCCAUCGCAAACGUCUCAUAUUGUGUUUGUUGUGCAUGGCAUUGGACAGAAGAUGGACCAAGGAAGAAUCAUCAAAAACACAGCCAUGAUGAGAGAGGCUGCGAGGAAAAUAGAAGAAAAGCAUUUUGCCAACCACGCAACACACGUUGAGUUUCUGCCUGUGGAGUGGCGAUCGAAGCUUACUCUUGAUGGAGACACUGUUGACUCCAUCACUCCUGACAAGGUGCGGGGCCUGAGGGACAUGCUCAACAGCAGCGCCAUGGACAUCAUGUACUACACCAGCCCGCUCUACAGGGAUGAGCUAGUUAAAGGCCUUCAGCAAGAGCUGAAUCGAUUAUAUUCCCUUUUCUGUUCCCGGAAUCCAGACUUUGAAGAGAAAGGGGGUAAAGUCUCAAUAGUGUCCCAUUCCUUGGGGUGUGUAAUCACUUAUGACAUCAUGAUGGGCUGGAAUCCAGUUCGACUUUAUGAGCAGCUGCUGCAGAAGGAGGAGGAGCUGCCUGACGAGCGGUGGAUGAGCUACGAAGAGCGGCAUCUUCUCGAUGAGCUCUAUAUCACUAAACGGCGGCUGAGGGAAAUCGAAGAUCGGCUGCAUGGACUGAAGGCGCCAUCCGGCUCACAAACCCCUGCCUUAAAGUUUAAGGUUGAGAAUUUCUUCUGUAUGGGAUCUCCACUAGCAGUUUUUUUAGCAUUACGCGGCAUCCGACCAGGAAAUACCGGAAGUCAAGACCACAUUUUACCUAGAGAGAUCUGUAACCGCUUACUAAAUAUUUUUCAUCCUACAGACCCAGUGGCCUACAGAUUAGAGCCAUUGAUUCUGAAACACUACAGCAACAUUUCUCCAGUCCAGAUCCACUGGUACAACACUUCGAACCCUCUACCUUAUGAGCAUAUGAAGCCAAACUUUCUCAACCCAGCAAAAGAGCCUACCUCAGCUUCAGAGAGUGAGAACAUCGCAGCUAUCCCGAGCCCUGUAACCUCCCCAGUCUUAUCUCGGCGCCACUAUGGGGAAUCCAUAACUAACAUUGGCAAAGCGAGCAUACUGGGGGCUGCUAGCAUUGGAAAGGGGCUUGGAGGAAUGUUGUUCUCAAGGUUCGGACGGUCCUCCACACCACAGCCGUCGGAGCCACCUAAGGACACAGCGGAAGAGGAGAAGAAGCCUGUCUCUUCACCCUCCACCACCACCGUGGCCACGCAGACCCUGCCGCACAGCAGCUCCGGCUUCCUCGACUCUGCAUAUUUCAGACUUCAAGAAUCGUUCUUUUAUCUCCCACAACUUCUUUUUCCGGAAAAUGUAAUGCAGAGUAAAGAUGAUAGCCUCGUGGAACUGGAGCACAGGAUCGACUUCGAACUCAGAGAAGGCCUUGUGGAGAGCCGCUAUUGGUCAGCCGUCACGUCGCACACUGCCUAUUGGUCAUCCUUGGAUGUCGCUCUUUUUCUUUUAACAUUCAUGUACAAGCACGAGCAUGACAGUGAGGCAAAGACCAGCCUAGAUUCAAUCUGAACUCUGGACGGAUAUGAAUGGCCCAAAACUUUUCUGUUAAAAAAUGUGUCAAGACAUGGAGAUUCCAAGGUUCCGGUUUUGUUAAGGGCAAGAAAUAUUUUAAUUUAAAAGCACUUUAUUUUAUUUUUAAAAGAGAAAAAAACCACAUUUUCAGUUCUAAAGGAGUUAUUUAUGUUUCUGUCAUUUUGAUUAUGAGUCUAGCAGAGCCCCUGCAGAGAAUCACCAGAGUGGAGUGUGGUGGGCUUAGGUGAACUGCAUGAAGGCAGCCAUCACAGCCCAGUUCCCCAGAGGAGCCUAACGUAACGUAGUAACCAAAAGGCGUGACAGCGCUAACGUGCCUGAAGGCCAGUCCACUCUGCAAAGACUACAGGGGGCAUCGUGGCUUCUCGAUUCUGCAAAGGCUUCUGUGCCCACAGUUCCUUUGAAAGAAGAGUAUAGCAGAUUUUAAAUGUCCUAAAUUUAACUUGUUUUGAAAAGCUAAUGCUAAAAAGCAAUAUUUGAAGUACUGUACUUAUAAUUUAUCACCCCUACUUACUUCAGCGCAGGAAACAUGCUUAAUGUCUCUUUGCCACAUCUACUCUGUAUCAUGUUGAGGCUCCUUUUCUCAAAACUCCAUCUUUUGUAAAUGA